AUGAGAAUAGCUUUACCUUAUAAUCAAAUGAAUCCCACCCUUAUAUUGCCAUUGGCAUACAAACCACCAGAUUUAUUGGAAGUUGUAUUAUUAGUUGCCAAACACCAUAAUCAAAACUUGAAAGACUUUAUAGUCAUUUUGUUAGGAGAUCCAAUUCUUCGAGAUUGGAAGUUCAAUGAUUAUAGAGAACAAAGAGUACUCUUGAAUUCAGUAACAACAUUGCAAGCCAAGUCAUGGCAAAGUUUUGAAAAUUUUGUUGUGUCAUUUCAUUGUAUAAAGUUAGCUGUGAUUAAAGAAGAUGAGCUAACAAAAAUCUCAGAGGUUCACGCGGGAGCAUGUUUGAAUGCUUCAUCAUAUAGAGACUCCUUCCUUUCAUUAGAUCAGCCAAAUACUGAGAGUCCAAACAAAUUCACCAAUUCAAACUGCAAAAAAAAGCAGUCAGUCAAGAAAAUUACCAAAAAGAGUGUGAAAAAUCUGCAUUUUGAAAAAGAUUUCUUCAUCUUCUUUACAACUGCAAAUUGUAAUGAAAUUCUGAAACAGUCUGGAAUUGUAGAUAGAAAAGCAUUUACAAACUAUUUUGGACCAUUUGCUGGAAGAGCAUACAAAUCCGCUGUGGCUAAUCCUUUUAUCUAUAAUAAAGUCAAGAAUAUCUAUACUGUUUCUCUUGAGCAUCUCUGCAGCAUAAAGCAAAUUAGCAAAGAAUGA